AACAGAUUCUGAGAACCGAAACGACGGCGUAUAAAAGCAAAAACAAGUCAUCGCACUUUCACUCAUUGGCCGAUAGACUCGUCAGAUAAGAGGCCUCUCAGAGCGAGCUAAACAUCCAGCGCAAGAAUUUCAGUCCAGAUGGAUCUUAAUGAUCUCAAUAAGGUGUGGGAAAUCAAACCACUAAAGAAAAUUGGGGAAGAGGAUGCAAGGGAAAUACUUGAGAAGGUAGCGAAACAAGUGCAGCCGAUAAUGCGCAAACGUCAAUGGAAAGUCAAAGUGCUUUCGGAAUUCUGUCCUGCCAAUCCUGCUCUUCAGGGGCUCAAUGUAGGAGGAGGUGUUGAAAUUAAGCUCAGACUGCGGAGGCCGAACAGUGAUUGGGUUUUCUACCCGUAUGAACAGAUCCUUGAUACAAUGCUGCAUGAGCUCUGCCACAACGAACAUGGUCCUCACAAUGCUGACUUUUACAGACUUUUGGAUGAGAUCAGAAGGGAAUGUGAGGAACUGAUAGCUAAGGGGAUUACGGGCACCGGGCAAGGAUUUGAUCUUCCUGGAAGACGUUUGGGUGGUUUCUCCCGUCAAGCCCCUCUGUCAUCUAUUCGCCAGACUGCCUUGGCUGCUGCUGAAACCAGAGCACGCCGUGGAGCGUUGUUACCAUCAGGGCCUAAGCGUUUAGGUGGCGAUAGUAACAUUAAGGCAGCUUUGAGCCCAGUACAAGCUGCUGCUAUGGCUGCAGAAAGGAGACUGCAUGAUGAUUUAUGGUGUGGGUCCAAGUCUUUGGAGGGUGACAUUGAAGUACAGGGGAACGUUGGAACUUCUCAAAGGCCAGAACCGUUCACAUUUACUGAUGGUGUCUCUACCCAGACUAAUAUUAAACUGAAGCCAGGUCAGGAAGAAAUGGACGAUCAAGCAAAGUGGAAAUGCAGUAUGUGCACUUUAUUAAAUAAGCCAUUGACAUUGAGGUGUACAGCCUGCGGGACGCUAAAAGAGGACCUGAAGUAUAAGGUUUGGUCUUGCAAAUUUUGUACCCUAGACAACAAAGUCGAGCUAGAUAGAUGCUUAGCUUGCAGAGAAUGGAGAUACUCGUCCGGUCCUCCUGUCCCUACCCGUGGACCUUACGUUGGUACAUGAGAAAGAGUGGAUUCUGAUCAGCUGGGGACUCUUGAUGAGUUAUACUGAAUGAUCUUAUGUACACACUUUAACAACUGCACAUGACAUGAAUAUGUUUAUUAUAGUGAUCUAAUUUGAUAUGUACAGAUUGUGUUUGAGUUAUAUAAUAUUAAUCCUUUAAGGAGUGUUUGUGAA